AUGUCGGCGAGCUCCGAUAUGGGCACUAGCUGGGUCUUUUUUUCUCUUGUACAUAUUAUCAUUUCCUAUACCUCUGGGAGCAGUCUCCCUAUACCAUCGAAUACAAUCUCGUAUACCUUUUCGAAUAGUGCGCGUCCGAGACAACUACGUGGUAUUGUGAUUGUAUAUGCUAUAAGUACAAUUCAAGGAAACCGCAGGCUUGAAAGUUGA